CGAAGAACUGAACUGACACUCCAUCAAUUCAAGGACUGUACAGCACCCUCUCCAAGAGCGCGCAGUAUACGAGCGAACCAUAGUGAUUUUCUUCCCUCUACCACUUUAAUUUAAGUGGUUUUUCUCUAUUUUUCCGACUUAUUUUUUUAUCUUCUUUUGGAAAGCUGGAAGACACCCUAAAUCUGCGCUCAGUUCAGCAUGCGUUUGGCGCACGGAGCACACUCUUGGCGAGCUCCCCGUCGCACGGCGCAGGGAUGAUGUUCAAUUCAUCGUGCUCGUUAGAUUUCUUCUCGUUCACUCAUUCAGAGAUCGUGUCGGAAGUUCUCAAUGGUUCCUCACAUCUGCUCUAUAACGUCUCAAUGGCCAUGUGGAACAAAUCCUGCGGGGAACAGUUACUCGAUUUCACCACGGCGGAAAAGAUUUUCAUCGGUAUGAUGUUGGCCAUCAUCACCACUGUGACGGUGAUUGGAAAUACGCUGGUGGUGAUCGCGGUGUGCGUCGUUAAAAAGCUCAGACAGCCGUCUAACUAUCUGUUGGUGUCUCUCGCCGUGGCGGACCUGUCCGUGGCUAUUGUGGUGAUGCCCUUCGUGAUCGUUACGGACCUUACCGGAGGAAAAUGGCUUUUUGGAGAGGUCUUCUGUAACAUCUUCAUCGGCAUGGAUGUGAUGUGCUGCACGGCGUCUAUCGGGACGCUGUGCGUUAUCAGCGUGGACAGAUACCUUGGCAUCACCCGCCCUUUGACCUACCCUGCACGUCAAAAUGGCCAACUGAUGGCAAAGAUGAUCUUUGGCGUAUGGCUUGUAUCCGCCUCCAUCACACUGCCACCAUUUUGCGGAUGGGCGAAGAACGUCAACACUGCUGGCGUUUGUCUGAUCAGCCAGGACUUCGGCUACACCAUCUACUCCACCGCGGUGGCCUUCUACAUCCCCAUGAUCGUCAUGCUCUUCAUGUACUACAAGAUCUUCAAAGCCGCCAGGAAGAGCGGUGCCAAACAUCGUUUUACCGAUCUCUCUCGCCGCGAUUGUCUGGAAACAGUGGCCAGCGAGGCAUUGAGAAUGCAAGGCCUGAAACCCCAACCGGGCGUAGCCGAGGAGUGUGUGGCUCUUUCUCGUCUGCUAAGCCGAGAACGCCAGAAUAUCUCCAUCUUUAAGCGAGAACAAAAGGCAGCUACGACGUUGGGGGUGAUAGUUGGGGUAUUCGGAAUUUGCUGGCUACCGUUUUUCAUUCUCUCUACAGCAAGACCUUUCAUAUGUGGGGUCAAGUGUAGUUGCAUACCAAUUUGGUUGGAGAGGACGCUGCUGUGGUUUGGCUAUGCUAACUCGUUAAUGAAUCCCUUUAUUUAUGCUUUCUUCAAUCGCGACCUGCGCUCCACAUACUGGGACUUGCUUCGGUGCCGGUACCGAAACAUAAACAGACGACUAUCUGCUGUAGGUGUACAUGAGGCAUUGAAGGUUUAAAGUAAAAAUAGCGUGAUGUUCCUCACAAAGGAUGUGGUUUGGCCUAAAUUUGUUUGCAGUCAAAUGGCACAAUUCACACAUGCCUGAAUCAAUGUCAGCAUCCAAGACUUCAAAGCCACUAUAAUGGAGAACAUUGCACAGCAUUAUAUUGUACACCUGUUGGCUUUUUAAAGGACAGUGUGAACACUAGGUUUCAAAGAUACAAAAGACAGGACCAGAGCUUCAUACUUCUUCAGUACACUGAUAGUGGAUUUCAUCAUGGCAUUUUUGGUCAGUAGUUGUUCCACCAUUGUUUAUUUAGGAUGUCUAGGUAUACUAGGAAUAUUCUGGGUAAAACAAGUUAACAGGAUCUGGGGCAGAAAAAAUUGCUGGAAUUUUAUCUAGCUAUUUUAAUCUGAAUUGUAAAUUUGCGCAUAAAAAACAUGAAUGGAAAUGCUUGAUAUGUGCAUAAACUCUCAAAAUUACUUAAAAGUUAAUGUGCUAGGCAGAGGUGGAUUUUCUAGAGUUUUUCAUUAAUAAAAAUGUGCAUUAAGACAAUGGAAACAGUUACAUUUUUGGAAAUGUGCUUAAAAAACUUUUGGAUAGAAAACCCCAGCUAGUAACUGUAUGCAUUUAAAAUGGUAGUCUAUGGGGCAAACAUACAACUUAUCGUCCAUGUCUUUUACAAAAAGAAGGACAAGUCAAAACUAUUUUCUAUGGUUAUCAAUAGCAUAGAGCCAUAGAUCUUAUUAUUUAAACCAGAAUAUUGGUUUCUCUGAAGGUUACUCCUAAUAUAUUUACAUUUAUUAAUUUGGCAGACACUUUUAUCCAAAAGUGACUUACAAAAGAGGAAUAAUACAUCAUAAGCGAUUCAUCUUUAGGAGACAGAGGUACGAAAAUGCUGCAUUACAAAAAUUCACUAGCAUCAGAAUAGUAGUAUCCAAUACAGAUUAGAGUGUAACACAAAUAUAUAUAAUCAUUUUUAUUUUUAUUUUUUAAAUGAGUGAAUGGUUAAGUGCUCAUGGAAAAGAUGUGUUUUUAGCCAUUUUUUGAAGACAGAGAGAGAGCCUGCUUCACGGAUGGAGUUGGGAAGGUCAUUCCACCAACGUGGUAAUAAAUUAAAUAAAAUACAAAGCGAACAGUUUGGUGUUAUAAAUGUUGCAUUUUCAUUUCCAAAAACCAACAAAUACACUUCUGUGAAACAUAUAAGGAAUCAAAAUUGGUGCAAAUUGCACAGUAAAUCAGUUUGUAUCAAAAUUUUCUUAAGAAUGAUUCAAUUAAUGGGUGAUUCUCACGAAACCUGUCAAGAAAAUGUCCUGGUAAUAUUUAACCCCAAAUACAAAAAUGUUAUAUUUUUGUAAUGAUAUAGGAAAUUAUAUUUUGCAUAAAGAAAAUGAGCCAACAUUUAGGACAUUAAGAAUUUUUGCAUUGUAACAUUAUUUUAAAAAAGCACAUUUUACCACACAAUUCUUUUUACUGUAACAAUUCUCGACAAUGUACUUUUACUAUUCCCAUAGUUUUUGAUAAUUCUCAUUACCAUUACAGUCAUUUUUGUUAUGUAUUACCAUAAGAAACAAUGGUGUUGUACAAUGAUUAAAAAAUUGUUUUUUUAUUAAAAUCAGCAAAAAGUUAAAAGCAGUACCAAGGGAGUACUACGAUGAUUUAUAAAUAUUUUACAAUUUAAAUUUAAAAAAACAUUUCAUGUUGUAGUAAUGAGAAUUUGGGGUAAAAUUAGAAUAAUUGUCAUGAAAAUAAUGUCACAAUGUAAAAACUCUUAAUGGCCCUAAACUUUCUAUAUGCAAAACUUAAUUUCUUAUUUGUUUCUUUUGAUUUUGGAGUAAAAUAGGACUAGGACGUUUUGUGAGAAACACCCUAUUGCAUCAUCAAGACUUGAGCUGAACAUGUCUGCUGUUUCUAUGCUAUUUCUAUCUAUAAAUUCAAAGCAAUCAGCUCAUUGUUGUCAUUGAGGGCUGAGGUGUGAUUAUGUGAAUGCUCUCAAAUAUCUUGGCCACCACUUUCGCAAGGCUGUUAAUUUUCUCAUCAUAGGUUGUGCAGCAUGAAAGAAAAGUGCAAAUCUUCACACUUUGGAAAUCCUGCCUCCUUCACAUUUGUCAUUGGGCAAAGCUGCUACCCUGUUCUAAACCUUUUCAGUUCCUGCUGUUCACAAAGCUUAGAAACCAAUUCGAGAGUUCACAUGAAGGCCACAAUGUUGACAAGUUGUUUUCCCUUUACUCUGAAGCUCUGAAGAAGUAUGCAGCCACCUUAAAGCAAUUGUUCUGUACAUAUCUGAAUCUCCAGUGGAGAAAAAUAAGGGCUUGUGGGUAGCUGUCACCAUGAGGCUUGACUGAUAUUGGAAAUCCAUCAGUGUGUGUGUGCGAAUCCCUGCUUUGAGACAACGAGAGACAGGACACUCACCUUGCUUUUCCAAUGACUCUGUCUAUUUUAAGAUCUUUAAGAACAUGGCUGUCUUUGACAGAACAUCUAACUCCGCAAGCCUUUGUGCAUAUGCAGUGAUCUGGCAUUGUUGGUUUUGUAUAUCUUUUUUGACCUAAUGUGGCAAUUGAAAAAGACAUUCAAUGCUUUUAAGUGUCUCUUCAACCAUGAAUGAUGAAACUCAUGGUAAGUAAUGUUAACUGGAGGGACUGAUGUGAAAUUUCAAGUGCUAACAAGGGACUCCUUUUAACGGAUACGUUAUUGACUGAACAAGUUUACAUGAUCUCACAGUGAGAUCUAGAGGAGAAAUGUUGUUUAUGUACAGUGAUAUAUGUUUGUUGCCAAAUCUUUGUGAGAAGCUUACAAAGCGUUUAUUGUCACAGAAUUUAACUCUGAACCAGAAACGUUGGAAUUGCCUGUGAAUAUCUGUGUAUUAUCUUUUCCCCCAAGGAUUAUACUGAGUGUUUUGCCAAGAUUGUUAAUGUGAAACUAAACAAAGAGAGAAUUUAAGAAAGUUUAAAUUAAAAGACAAAGAAAUCAAGGUACCCUGACAGUUUUGACUUCUUUAGUACAUUUUACCAGCAGAGGAAAUAAUGAAGAAACAACAAAAGAGUGAAUACAUGACAGAAUUCUAAUUUUUGGGUGAACUAUCGCUUUAAAACCACUUCUAUAGAUGUGUUUAUGGCACAGCUGCUCGAAAUAGAAGCCUGUCUGUACUUUAUACAGUACAAUUUCAAGAUACAACUUAAACUGAUUAGAAACACUUUUAAAAAUAUAUAUAAUUAUAUAUUUUAUAAUUAUAUAUUAUAAAAGGAGUGAACAGGAAUAAAGCCAUCCAAGAUUGGUGCUAAUAGUACAUUACAUACAAUACAAUUCAAAUGACAUGUGAUUUAUACAGGAGGCCAGUAAAAUGCAGCAUUCAGCACAAAACUAUAUAUUGUACACCAUACUACACAGAUGCAAGGGCAUACAGUUCAAUAACUCUGAAGAGAGUGACAUACAGUAGAAAAUGAAGAAGAAUGAAAUAUGAUUGAUGUAUAGCACCCUAAGACAUGUUAUUAUCAGGUAGUGCAGGUACUUAGGGUUUCAUUAGCCGUGUGCAGUCACUUGGAAAUAAGUGGCUUUGAACCUACUGAAUGGUGUUUUGAUGCGACAGUAGAUCUUACAGUGUUAUGAAAGAAAUAGUUUGUGGGGAGAGAAAAAAAAAAUAUACAGUAGAUAAAAUCCACUUUUGCCAUUUAAUUUUUGCUCCUAUAAAUAUACAGUAUACUGCAUCCUCACCAGAUAGCAAUGACACUUCCAUUAGUGUAUACGGAUAAAAGCUGUUAAUUGAUGUGUCAUAAAUUGCCUGAUAAAAGUUGUAGCUGCCAUGUAUUUGAGAAGGUGGCAACUUGCCAAGUGGGUGCCCUGAACUCCACCAGCCAUCUCAUUUACAAAUUUACAAAGGUCAACAAUUUUGGGGGCAUGCUGAAAUGGGUUUCGCCCAGGGCGCCAUACAUAACCAUUAUUGUGAGUUUGGGGCAGGGCUGUUUUUCGACCAAUGGAAUAUGGGGGUACUGUUUGGAAAACAUGUUUAGACACAGUCAUUAUUUUUGCAGUCCCAUUUCGUGCCACUAGGUCAUUUACCAGAUUACAAAGUCCUAGUAGUUCACCCAAAAAUGAAAAUUCUAUCAAUAUUUGCUCACCCUCAUGUUGUUUCAAACCUGUAUGACUUUUUUUUCCUUCGUGGAACACAAAAGGAGAUGUUAGACAGUUUGUUAGCCUCAGUCGCCAUUCAUAUGCAUUGCAAAAAAUAAUAAAAUAAUAAAAGUACGAGGAAAGAAAGUCAUACUGAUUUGAAACCAAAUGAGGAUGUGUAAAUAAUUACAUGAUUUUUAUUUUGAUGUGAACUUUCCCUUUCAUAUGAAAUAUAUUUUCAACUUCCUAAAAGAAAAAAAUGUUAAGGCUUAUUGGAGUCACACAUAAUGGUGGCUGUCUGGUAUGUGAGACAUCUCAUAUGUUUUUUUGUUUUUGCUUUUUGCUGUUUCCUGUGUUUGAAGACAGCAUAAGUUAGGAAAUACUGUGUCACACUUGUCUUGGGGCACAAAAGCAAUAUUCAAAGCCAGACAGAUGGUGCCAACCUGAGUUCCGUUUGUGCAUUAUGAAAAUGGAAUGUGUUUAUGGAAUCCAAAUCGAUGAAGUGACACUGAAGCAGAGUGAGCUUUGUUUCUUAACCAAACUAAUGUGACAGGGUGAGGCAAUAGAUGAAAAUGUCUGUGAAAACAGACGUGCAUAGAUUUGACAUAUAAAAAUGCACACUCAGGGCAUUUUUCAACCUCUUGGGAAUUCAGCAUGUAACAUACAGUCUUCAGAGAGCUACAGCUCUAAUUCUCCUUGUUUGCUGACAGCUUUGGGUUUUCCCAGUGUACGGUACACAUAACUGCAGUGCAAUCACUGAAUGUCAGUUUUAUGUGUUAAAUGAGUAUUUUAACAAACAAACCAUAACCCUAAAGAGACUGACCCCUUGUAAUUGGAGUUGCAGGGCAAUAGAACCAGUGUUUGUGCUGUUUGAAGAACUUCCUGCUAUGUCAUGUUAACAGGAUGUGGGCAAAGAUGAGAAGUUGUUUUUGUUUUGUUUUAUUUUGUUUGACUGAACUUUUGUACAGACAUGUUGUAGAAUGUGCCAUAUUGAUCAACUGACAAAGUGCUUUCUCUACACCGAUAUGUUUAUAUACGGAAUUACAAAACUGUGAAUAAGUUUAUGGCCUGUGAGCAUUUUUUCCUGUAAUGUUUACAUGUCUUUAGUCCUAUUUAGAAAGGGUUAGUUUAUGAGGUUGGGUAAAUUUGUUUUUCACAGAUAUACUCCAACAUUUUAAUCCUACCAAAAUUGAAUUGUCUUACAUAAUAUUGGUAAAUGGAGCAAAUUACAUGGCUAAUUUACUGUAUCCUCUGAGAAAUCAAAACUUGACUGAAUAAGAAUUUGUCUGCUUGCGGUAUUGUAGAAUUUUACAAAAUGUUUCUCAUUUAUUUGGGCCUUUAUCUAAUAUGGUGACUAAACCUAUAUUUCUCUUUGCACAGCCUAGUGCACCUCCUUUGUGUAUUUAGACU